UGGCAAUAUCUCACAUACUAUCAGUAAGUAUGCUUUUACAGAGGCUGCUCAUCUUUACAGUGCUGGCUGUGGCACUUCAUGCUAUUCCAGUUUCCACUCGUAUUCAUGAGGUUGAAGAUGAACCAAAUUUCAACCCUUUCAUCAACCUUGGAGCAAAAACCCGACUGAUUGAGGGAGACAUAGCCCUACCCCCUGGUCGAAUUGGUCUUAUUAACACAACUUACAGAUGGAAGUUCCCUAUUCCAUACAUUCUGUCUGACAGCCUGGACCUUAACGCAAAAGGUGCGGUCCAUCAGGCAUUUGAAAUGUACCGUCUAAAGUCGUGUGUUGAUUUCAAACCCUAUGAGGGAGAGAAGACAUUUAUCAAAUUUGAGAAAAGAGAUGGGUGCUGGUCCUAUGUUGGAGAUCUACAGAAUGGGCAGGUGCUUUCUCUGGGGCCGGGCUGUGACCAUAAGGCUGUGAUUGAGCAUGAACUUCUGCAUGCCCUGGGCUUUUACCAUACACAGUCUCGCCAGGAUCGAGAUGACUAUGUGAAGAUCUGGCUAGAUCAGGUCACUGAAGGCAUGGAGCAUAAUUUCAACAAAUACGACGACAGUUUUGUCACAGAUCUAAAUACACCAUAUGACUACGAGUCUGUCAUGCAUUAUCGUCCGUUUGCUUUCAACAAAGACCCCAGUAUUCCUACCAUCACAACCAAUAUCCCAGAGUUCUUCAACAUCAUAGGGCAAUACCUGGACUUUAGUGAGAUGGAUGUUGUCAGACUGAAUCGAAUGUACAACUGCUCCUCUUCUCUUACCCUGCUGGACCAGUGCACUUUUGAAAACAUAAACAUUUGUGGGAUGGUACAGAGUUUGACUGACGAUGCUGAUUGGGUCCAUCUUAAGAGCUCUCCUGGCUCCGAGGAUCAUACUCUCAAUGGACAAUGCAGAGAUUUAGGGUAUACCAUGCAUUUUGACACCUCCACUGGAAAUGCAGAACAAUCCGCUCUCCUUGAGUCCCGCAUCCUAUAUCCUAAGAGAAAGAUGCAGUGCCUGCAGUUUUUCUACAAAAUGACAGGCAGUGUAAAGGACAGCCUAGUGAUUUGGGCCAAGAUGGAUGAUGGAACAGGAACCGUGCGAAAACUAAAGAAACUGCAUACAAUCUGGGCUGACGAAGACGAAACAUGGAAGAUUGCUCAUGUGCCAUUGCAGAUGGGAGCAAAAUUCCGCUAUGCAUUCCAGGCAGUGAGAGGAGACCCUCCCAACUCUGGAGGAGGCAUAUUCAUCGAUGACAUCAGCCUGACAGAGACCCACUGCCCAGCCGCUGUCUGGCGCAUCCAGAACUUCUCGAGCAUCCUGAAAACAGCCGACUACAACACCGUGCUGAACAGCCCUCGUUUCUACAGUCCUGAGGGUUACGCUUAUGGGAUUCAAGUACGCCCAAUCUCUAGCUACUCCGAUUACACAGGCAACUACACUGGUUUGUACUUCCAUCUGGCCAGUGGGGACAAUGACAUUGUGAUGCAGUGGCCGGCUGUGAACCGCCAGGCCACCAUAGUGGUGAUGGACCAGGAUCCAGACAUUAAGCUGAGGAUGUCCUCUGCUCGUAGUCUCACCACUGACUUGGCCACAGUCAAUGGAGACCAACUAAUAUGGGACAAUCCAAGAAAGUUUGGGACCUUUGACCCAAGCUGCCAGUGUUAUCGAGGAGAGUCAGUGGGAUGGAGGAGUUUCAUAAAACACUACGACUUACGCAGACGGAAUUACCUGAAAAAUGAUGACCUCAUCAUCUUUGUUGACUUUGAGGACUUAACAAGCAUGAUAAAGAGUGAAGUUCCGGUUGCACCAAAGGUUUGACACCGAUAAGUGUGUGUCAGUCUGAAGAGAGAAAGCUGUGUGAAUUGUGGAGAACAUCAUCUUAAAAUGCAAUUGUUAUUACUACAAAAAUGUGUUUGAUAUGCUCACUCUGUACUCUAACUUUUUAAACAUUCCCAAUAAAGUCUAAAAUUAAACUCUUUUA